CUUGAAUUAUUUUUAUUUGAAUCUUCAAUUCACAACGAUUUACAAUUUCAGAAUCGCUAUCAUUAAACCAAAGUAUUUGAAGUGUACCUUUAAAACCCGUUAAUUAUAAAAGUAUUAUUAAUUAAUGUAGAUAGUAGUGACGUACUCUUAAAAAGUGAAAGUAACAAUGGUAAUACUAAGUCCUUUCGUGUAUUGGGCGCAAACAAUAAAAAGUGUAUCACUGAAAAUCGAUUUACGAAAUGCUGAAACGCCGGAAUUUAACGUUAAUAAUAAUAAAAUAACAUUUAUAGCAAACGGUGCAGGUGCACAUGGAACCUGUAAAUAUCAAUUUAUUUUGGAUUUGUAUGCUCCCCUUAUAUUGAAUACAGAUGAAAAAUCAUAUACCUCCUUGAAAGUAUAUGAAAAUAGAAUUGAAAUUGUGCUGUUAAAAGAAGAUCCAGUAUGGUGGCCAAGGCUUACAGCACAACCUCAGAAGCCUGCAUGGCUGAAGGUUAAUUUUGAUCUUUGGAAAAGUGAAGAUGAAUGCAGUGAAGAUGAAACUCGAGAUGUUAUGAAAGAUUAUCCCGGAAUGUACGACAAGUUGUAUAAAGAAGAGCUGGGCUAUAGGAGAGAGGACUACAAGAAAGUGUACCUGACAAUAUACAAUCUGUUCCAAUUUGUCGGAUUCACAUAUGUGUUGUGUGUGAUGUGUGUGCGGUAUUUAAAGCUGGAGUAUGACUCUGUUCCGGACACCUAUGAACAUGUGGGCUCGGCUAUGAAGUUCUUGCAUUUGCUGAUGUUUUUGGAGGUUAUGCAUCCAAUGUUUGGAUAUACUAAGGGCAGUCCACUCGUAGCCUUUAUGCAGAUAACCGGACGAGCUUUUGUGCUGUUUGUGAUGAUCGAGGCUGAGCCGAGGAUGCAGGUCAAACCCGUGGUGUUCUACCUGUUCCUGAUGUGGAGUCUCAUCGAAGUUGUCAGAUACCCAUUUUACAUCACUCAGUUAUACAAAAAAGAGGUAUACAUCCUGACCUGGCUUCGCUACACCAUGUGGAUUCCCCUCUAUCCACUAGGCAUUCUCUGUGAAGCCAUUACUAUUCUUCGGAACAUCCCAUACAUGGAAGAAACGGGAAAAUUCACCAUCACACUACCAAACUCAUGGAACUUUGCCUUUCAUAUGCCAUCAUUCCUUCGAUUAUAUCUUCUGAUUAUUAUAUUCCCUGGCAUGUUCUUUCUUAUGAAAUACAUGCAUAAUCUAAGGACUGUUAAACUUCGACGGAAGAUUAUAAUCAAGAAAUGUAAGUAGAUAUAUUAUACACAUCUCAUGAAUGAGUUUGGUGUAGAUUAAUUUAAAUAAAACAAUUAUUGUCUGUAACCAGUAAAUACUACUAUAGACUAUGUGAUUAAUAUUCUAAAGGGAUAGCUACAAAUGUUAACUAUUCCUGUCUUCAUGAAUGUGUUACUUUAAGCUGAUGUGUAACGAUAUUUUUUGUUAUUGUUUGGGUGUAUGUGAAAAAAUAUCGACAUUUUUAUGUUCGUUGCUUAAAUAAAACAGUUUAAUUUAAGAUUUAAGUACAGAAUUGCAAAAUAUUGCAUUCAAAGCCACCUUGCAAGGCCAUAAAUCACCUACUAGUAAAGUAUGGUUUUUGUUUAUGUUAAAUGUGUGAGGAUUGUUAGAAGUUAAUCUGACAUAAUAUAUUAAAUUAUCCUUAUGUUUUCAGACAAAAAUAGUUUUUAAUUCUUCUAAGCCUACAACUUUGUAGGUUUGCUGACACUUCACUAUUUUUCUGGUGUUUUAACAAUUAAAACAAACCAGUAAAAAUACCAACAAGUCAAAACGGUUUAACUUAGUAUACCGUUUCACGAAUUAGUAGGUAAAAAAUAUUGCAGUUUAUAGAGCUACAGUCCACGAUUAUAAUGCUACCACUCUUAUUACAUGGUAAUGCACCGUUACAGAGAAAAAAACAUUUAAACGUAACCUCAAAUUAUGAAAUUUUUAAGGGUUGGGAAGGUUUCCCAAACCUAAUUUAUAAAUGGGGAGGAUAGAAAGGGAAACGCCUAUAAUGCGGUUCUGGCAGUCGCCGGCUGCUGCCGCGGCACGCUACGCUGGUCUCGUGCGUUGGUGUAACUUUAUUUUUUAUAAAUUGUAGUUGAUAGAGCUUUGGUCCACGAUUAUAGUGCCAGCACUCUUAUUACAAGGCAAUGCACGGUUUUUU